AUGACUUCACCAAAGCAGCUUUCGCCGUCGUUACUGCCUUUUGAGUUAGUAGAAAAGAUACUAUACAGGACUCCGAUCGAAGCUUUGUUCCGAUUCAAAUCCGUAAGCAAACAAUGGUACGCUCUCUUCAAUGACAAGAUAUUCAGGUACAAACACUUUGAUCUCUCCCAUGAACGAUUCAUGCUAGUCCAUCAUAAAUCGUUUCAGCUCUCAAAUCUUGAGAACCAAGCUUUCUUAUGUCGACAAACCCCAGACGAGUUACACAAUUAUAAUAUUGUGAAUACGUUUCACUGCGACGGAUUAUUGCUAUGUACGUGUCGUGAGAGAGGUAUUCUAGGUGAAACAACGACAAAGCUAGCAGUUUUGAAUCCGGUUUUUAGCCGAAUCAAAUGGAUUCAACUCUCGAGUUCUUCCAAACAUUAUGAUUUCUACGGUGUUGGAUACGACAAUGUAUCUCGUGACAAGUACAAGAUCUUGAGGAUCGGAUUCGGCACCAGCAGGUAUGAUAUCAACAGAGACGUUGAGAUAUAUGAGUUUGAGUCUAAACUCUGGAGAAGUAUUAAUGCUACUCUCGAAUGCUCUCCACCGACGAGAUGUGUGUCUAUGAACGGAAACAUGUAUUGGAUUGCUCGAGAGAAGAUGAUGGCUGGCUCCAAAAUCGAAAGUUUUGAUUUUUCCACAGAAACAUUCAAGCCCAUAUGUUGUGUUCCGAAUGGAACUGAUUGUUCUUAUGGUGGAGGCUUGUCAAGUUUCGGAGGAGAUAGGCUUUCUUUGCUACAUCGAGACGAACAUGUGAAGAAGAUUGAAUUGUGGUUUACAAGCAAGUUGACUGAUGAUGGGAUUGUCUCGUGGAGCAAGUACUUUGAUGCAACUCCUGAUCCCCUAACAGAAAUCUCCCUUUCUCUAAAAACUUUCAUCGUCAAGACCAAUAAUAAGAUUACGAUCAUGUUAUGGUCCUCGGACAUAGAUUUCAAGGAUAGAGUUGUUUACACUGGUGUCUACGAAAUGGGUGAUGAGGGUGAGACAAAAAAACAAGUUGAGAGAUGA